UUCAAUAUUAUGGCCGCCAUAAUGGAUAGGCAUCAAAAUCAUAAACUAAUUUAUUAUCUUUAUUCUUUGCUUUGAACAGUAAUAUAUAACGAAAUAUUGAUGUUAUAGUAUUACAUUUUUUAGGAAUACAUUACAUUAUCUUUGGAUUUUUAUAUUAUCGAAGUUAUUUUGAUGUGCAAAGUAGUUUAAACUGUGUAAACAAACCGACUGAGGUUUUGAGCGUUUGUUUUGUUUACGUCGGUUGUUUGGAUUACUUUCAUAUUUCUCAUUUCCAACUGACAAUUUUAAUAUGCUGAUAGAAGAUCCUCUUCUUUUUAGGAUGGUUGUUAUUAUAUUAUAUUGAUGCUAUAACGCUGUUAUAUUCUGAAAUGUUAAAGUUCAUUGAUAAUAAAGCAGAGGAUGUAGAAAGUCCACAUCUACAUCUUGUACCCUCGCGAUGAGUGUAAUUUUACGAGUUGGUGCUGUGAAGUCUGUCAGUGGUCAAGAGUUGCAUUAUGGAAGUGGAGAUGAGGCAUCAUCGUCAUAUACUGACGCUGAUGUUCUUGACAUUCCACUACCUGAACAUACUUAUCAAAGACCUCUGCCUCCUUCCAGUACGCAAUCUCUUAAUAGCUUCAGCUGUUUUGGUCUGCCAUACCAGGAUCAUAAUUAUGGCAUGCCUCCUCCGCCAUCACCACCAAGACCAAUUUCUCCCAGGCCCCCGUCACCUUUACAAGUCAAUGGCAUUGUGCAAAUGGAAGAAGAGGUUAAGACAACUCCUCUUGUCUCUGUGGCAGAGGAGGUUGUGGAAGACAGUGUUACACGUUGCAUAUGUGGUUACCUCCAUGAUGAUGGUUACAUGAUUUGUUGUGACAAGUGCAGUGUGUGGCAGCACAUAGACUGCAUGGGAGUAGAUAGAAAUAAUAUCCCUGAAAGUUACUUUUGUGAGAUAUGUCAGCCCAGAACUCUUGAUGCCAUCAAAGCUAAAGCCUUACAGAAAAGAAAAAGAGAAGAAUUAGCUGCUCGUAAUGUUUUGUCAGAUUCAAGUGCAACUGAUACAGAUCCUGAAGAAGCAGCCAAUGCCCUAGCUUCGAUGGGAAAGAAACUUCCUUCUACCAAAAAAAAAGGUCUAAAACACAAGCGCACUACGAAGGUAAAAGAUAAACCACCAUUAAAAUUAAAAAUUGGAAAAACACUUGAACAGAAAAAGAUAAAGAAGCCUGGGAAAAAAGAGAAAGAGAACAUAAAAGCUUCAAAGCCUAAGAAAUUGUUUAAGCAAGGCCAACAGAAGAUCAAAAUAGGGAAAAUAAAAAAUAGGCCAUUGUUAACGGUAGAGCAGUUGAAUGCUGAUCCGUGGAAUAGUAGUCAAAGCCCAUGGACUGAUUCAUAUGAACAUGCUAAUGAAAACCAGUAUAGUGCAGCUGUAAAGGAGUUAGUCAGUAAUUCUAAUGUGUUGGAUGUUUCCUCUUUACUGCCAGAGCAUGUGUUAACACAUCACACAUGUACAACAGUAGCAGACGUCAAAAAAAAUAGAAAGGGUUUAAAAGCAACACAAGAAAUUCCUGCUGGUCAGGUAAUCAUAGAGUACAAGGGUAAAGUCAUGCUUAGACAUGAUUACGAUCAAGAGUAUGCAUUUGUCAAUUCAUUUAAAAAGUUACAGCCAUUUGUUCUUUUUUACUCCAAAUUGGACGUUGAUAUUUGUGUUGAUGCAAGAGUUUUUGGAAAUGAAGCCAGAUUUAUCAGAAGGUCAUGCACUCCGAAUUCUGAGGUCAAGCACUUGUUUGCGCAAGGAAAAGUAUAUUUUGUAAUAGUCUCACAGAAAGAAAUUGUUGUUGGUUCAGAAAUUACCAUUGCUUUUGAUUACAAUUAUCAAGAAUGUUCCUUUUGUGUUGAAUGUGCUUGCAUAAAAAACAAUUGCAUUGUAUCCAGAUUUUGGAAAAAAGUUCGGAAUGCCCAUAAGUCAUCAGCUAAAGAUCCUACUGUUAAACGUAGAAGACGAGUUUCAGGUACUGAAGUAGAAACCAAUUCCUUAUUUGAAGCAUCUAACACAAGCACAAUCCAGGCUAGUCCUAAUGAAACAUUGGCUUCACCUAAUAAAACAUUGCCAGUCAAACUUCCUUUACCCACAAGCCCACCUCCAAAACUUAGCAGUCCAAUUAAACUAUCAAAUGUCUCAACCUUACUGGCUGCAUCUGCUCUUUUGGACGAACAGCCAGAUUUAGCAAAAACUCUUAAACUUGAAGUACCAGAUUUAUUACAUCAAGCACCUCCUCCACCUGCUCCACCACCUGCACCUCAUCCAAAAUCAGCCACAUCGUCUCGUAGAGGUAGUCGGAUAUCUGAAGAAUCUAUCAAAGAAGAGAAACCAGAGGCCAAGUUACUGGUUCCUUGUAAGGAUAAAAACUCUAAGAUAAAAGAGACUAAAACAAAAGACAAGGAAGGAAAAGACCACCAUUAUCAUCAUCAAGAAAUAAAAAGAGAAAGAAGACUAUCCUGUCGGAGACAAAGCCAAGAGGAUCCUGAAGAAAGUUUGGAGGUUCGAAAUGAUUUGCCUACCCUUGCAGCACUAGCUGCAGGAAAUGAAUCAGACGACUCUAAUGCUGGUGCUGAAUGUCCAAGAAAAAUGACUAGAGAAGAAAGAAAACUUGAUGCUAUAAUGAAAGCAUUUGAAAAAAUGGAAAGGAGGGAGGAAAGACGCAAAGAAGCCUUAGCAAGAGGAGAAACUGGCACUAAAAAAUGUCUGGAUGUAAAGCCUAAAAAGGAGCAUGAGGGCCAUUUAGGUAGCAGUACUAUUCAUUCCCGCUCAGGUUCACAAGAAAGUUCAGUGGAACUAGAAUUGAAAUCAGAGACACAUGUUGAUGAACCAACAGAUGUUAAAUCAUUAGAUGCUGGCACUGAAGCAAAGCCUGAAAGCCCCAUCAAUAUAAUGAGUAGUACUAGUAUGACUUCCUGUCAAUCCUCCACUACAACAACAGUGACCAUACCUGAGAUAACAAAGGCUGCAAAGGAGGAAAUUCAUCCCCACAAGCCUGUUAGGAAAUCUGGAAAAAGGAAGCGAAGGAGAAGUAGAGUACAGAGUACCACAGCCGUAUCUGAUGUAGCAUCUGUAUCAACAGAAGAUGGAAACAGUAAUGGUAGUUUUCCUUCUGCUCUGGUUUCAGUACCUUCCACUCCUGUUUCAACGUCUGCUAACAGUUCUGCUCCAGUCAUGGAAACAGAUGGGGGCAUUUUCAAAUUUAUUAAAACAAAGAAACACUUAUUUGAAGAAUGGUCUAACAAGCAAGAAGAUGAAAGUAACAAACAAGAACAAGAGAUGUUUGUUCAGUGUUUACCCAAUCCACAUGUUAACACAAUGGACCAUCUUCAGAGAAGAAAUUCCAGCAGUGCUGGUUGUAGCAGCAAAGGUACAGAAUCUAGUGCUGGAUCUGCUAAAAAGCGAUGGUUACGUCAAGCUAUGCAUGACGUGCCUGCCCCUAUUGCAUUUCAUCCAAGUCUGUCAGUCAAUACAGAAAAUGGUGGGUCUUCGCCUAUACAUGGUAGCUCUAGUCCUAACCCAGGCACAGGUCUAGUAAGUCCUGGAGCAGCAUCACCUUUAGACUUUGUUACCCCUUUAAAAAAGCGAAGGCUAAUGAGGGAAUCCUUGUCUGUUGAGACCAAUGGACCUAUACCUUUUCCCAGUGCUGGUGUUUUGUCUGAGAAUUUCUCAUCAAACAGUAUUGGCAUCACAACUAAAACCAAUGGUGUGAAGCAAAUUUUCCCAGUUCACCGUCACAGUGUUGAUGAUAGGUUGUUGUUGCACAAAGGCUACCCACUUCAUAAUGGCAUAAGAGAAACAGGCGCUAUGAAUGAUGGAAAGAUUAGCUCUGCUACAAACUCUAGAUUUACUAAUGGAGCACCACACACAGAACAUAACACCUUGGAUACUCGGAACAGACUCUUAGAUCAAAGACUUGAAUCAAUAUCUAAUUCGCAAAUAGAUCCUUUACCAGUACCAGUUUCAUUGCCAUGGGUAAAUGGUAUUGCAGAAUCGCUGUCUACUUUGACAGUGCCAUUUCCACAGCAACCUUCACAAUAUUCACUAAAGUACAGAGGGCAUUUUGAAAGAAUGGAGGUAGAUAGCAGUGAAGUUCCAAAUAAGGACAUCGUUUUAAAGCCUAUUGCUUCUUCCUCUCGCAUUGAUGAGAAUGGGCUUCAUUUGUUGAAGCCAAUGUAUAAAAGUCUUGAAGAAGAUGACAGAAUAGAUAGUUCUGCAUCAACCUCACAUGUUGUGCUUGUAAAUAGUAACUCUGUGUACAAAACUGUAAAUAGUUUAAUAGAUGAAAGCAGUGAAGCAGGCUGUGUCACAGCCAAGACUAUCAUGGAUGUCGAUAGUCCAGCCACUGUUCGAAUAGAUCUCAAUGCCCAUGAGAUGGAACCCUCUUCUUUAACAGAUGGGACUACAAGUGUCAAUCUUACUGACAGAUAUUUUGGAAGUUGUCGUCAGGAUAGGCUGAGCUUUAGUACAGGCAAUGAGUGUCAAGUGAAUAGUUCAGAGGAUGUUGUUGAAACUAUGCCUUUGGUCACACCUGGCCACAAUAGUGAUAUCUGUGAUAAUAGUUGCACAGACUCUGUAUGUGUACAGUUAAAUGGUGCAAGAGAUUUCGAUUGUCAGAGGACUUUAAAUGAAAGCCAUUUGGGGAGAGAAGAGAUUGAAACUGUUGAUAGCUCACAACAUGUACAUAGGAUAGAAACUAAUGAAUUACCAACAGUAUUUGAAGAGCCAAGCAAUGUAAUGGCUUCUGGAGCUCAAGAAAGUAUUCCGCCUACAUCCUCCAGUUCCAGACAUGAGUUGGAAUGUAUCAGUUCCAGUGGUUUGACCUCAUCAAAUGUAGAUGAUUCUAUGACAGUGGAACACAGUCUUGUUUGUGAUUCAUUAGAAGAAAUUGAGCAGCAUAAUGUGGAAACUGGGUCCAUAAGUCUGCAGUGUGAUUCUAAUAAUGUUAAUAUGGAAAAUAAUACUGCACAGGAAGGAGAAGAUAACAGUGAUACUGAAGAAACGUGUGACUCGGUAGGCAUAAACCAAGCCAGCAGUCGUCUGUUUAUUAGUACUACUAAUGAAACUGAAGAAACAGAAGACACUGCUGUCACAGAAUCACACUGCUUAGAAAAUGCUCCGUUCUUCACAGUAACCUUGGAUAAUAAUGUAGACUCCACUAGCUCUGAAGUUGUAAGAAACAUUAGGUCAUCAUUUUCAAAUGAAGCUAAAGUGAAUGAGUGUGGACAGAUGACCCUUGCUGAAGGUGGAUGUUGUGAUAGUAACUAUGAAUGUCAACCAAGUGAACCUUGUCUCUCAGAACAUGUAAAUGCUGGUGAUGAAUCAUCUUUGGAAGGCCUAGGUGUCUCUUCUUCAAAUGGUGUUGAUUCUUUAUUAAAUAAUUCUUCUUGGGAAAGUUAUAGAAGAAAGCAUCUUCAUGCUGACGUUUUUACUGACAAUGCAGUUUCAACUGAAAAUCUUGAAUGCCUUUCACGAAUUUCACAGAGUUUGCCUCCUGAGCCAGUCACCCAGGAUCAGUCAGACCAAAGUUUAGAAGCACAGCCAUCAUCAUCUUCUUUUGCAGGCCAUCGAACAGCAUCAGCUACAAGCUGUACAGUUGCCAGCAGUCUUGUCCCUGGUAGUUCUCAGGCUCCACGUUCUUUCACAACAUCUCCACCAUCAUCCUCUUUGCUUUCAUCUUCACCAUCAUCAUCCAUGUUUAGUGUUGAAUGUGCACUAAGCUCCACUUCACCUGGCACAUCUGCUCAGCCAGUGUCACUUACCAAUUCUGAUGUCAGUUCAAUCAGUUGUUCACCACCAAUAUCAUCCUCAGGAGAAGCUACACCCUCUGUGAAAAAAAAGGUCAGUUUGUUGGAAUAUCGUAAACGUUUAAAGGAAAAACCAGCUUGUGCUACAGAAACUAAAACAACAGAGACAUCCAGUUCAUCUUCAUUUUUAGUACACAAUCACAAAAUGUCUGCAACUUUGUCAGAAUAUUUAGCAUCUUCACCAUCAACAUCAUCUUCUGUAUCACCAACAAAGUCACCUUUGAUGAGUUCCAAUCAUAAAAAGCAACAUAUGCCAACUCUAGCAACUCUUCCGCUUUUCGUAUCAGCUGAUGAAAAGAAAGGUGAAAAUAAAAAGAAGCCAAAAACAGAGAAACAGUUAAGUCUUUCAGAGAGGCUUCGUUUAGAGUUUGGCCUUGAAGAUUGUGGGGAGGAUGUGAAUAAGAAAGUCAAAGGGGAAGAGUCAGAAGUAGUAUCAUCCAAUGAAGCUGUGGAUGAUGAAGUACCUCCCCCACCUCCUCUGCCUCCAUCAGCACCUCUGAAUUUAAAUGUAACUACAUCACGAGGGUUUCAUGCAUCAAGUGUGAAUGAAAGUUCUAGUUACAACUAUCACCAGCAAUCAAACAUUACAUCAACAUCAUUAACUAUUCAGUCCCCUGGAAUGUCCCAUGGUAGGGAACGAGACACUUCGUCAGCAUUUCCUGGGCUUAAUGGUACCUUGUUGCCAAAUCUGCCACUUUCUUACACACAUCAACCGCCACCUUCAUCAACGUUGCACUCAAAUCUUCAACAUCCUUUGACAAGGGCUACCAGCUUAUCUCUUUUAACAUCUGUUACAUCCCCAUCACUACCACAAUCAUCAACGAAUCACACAUUCUAUGACUAUCCUCCCUCUCAUAGACAAUCACAGUUGCAGUCGCAAACAGUAGUUGUGAGUGGGAACAUUGUUCCAGAAGACCAACCCCCUCCGCCCCCGCCACUACCUAGACCACCACAUCACCGUCCAUCUCCAGCAGCUUCAACACCCUCACACAGACAGAAUCAUGUUCAAAGCUCGAAUGGUAAGAGCAGCAAGGCAGCAUCUUCAUCAACUCAUUACCCAGAGAACAGGAGCAGAUACUAGAACUCGAGUCUGAACAAGUUGUAAAUUGUGUACUAUAUGUGUAUUAUUGUGAUGAUCAUUUAUGUUGCCACUUGUGUUGCUUUAUAAAAUGGUAGGAUACAACUUCCUGUCAUUCACUAGAGUUAGAAGUCUACAUUAAAGUGAACCACUAAGUUCAAGGUGCUUGUGUCAAUCUUCUUAAGUUGUUGACAAUUAUUUUGCUGUGCACUGUUUUCUUUCUAUUUGUUCAAAGUUGUUUGAAGGAAACUUUUGUUCUUGUUAAUUUCUAUUCUUUGGUCUGUGUACUAUUUAUAUGAUUAUACAGUGUAUUUUUUUUUUUAUGCUUAGUGAUUUGUACACACAAAUAAUAUUUAGCUUUUGCUAUCUGAAUGUUCUUUUUUUUUUUUUUAUUUAAAUCUAGAUAUUAAUCCAUUUUUGUUUCAGUUAUUGCAACUGCCAGCCAUUUUGUACAGUUUAAAAUUUUCUCAUUAUUUCACUUCAACUAUUCUGUGUAUUUUUUGUAUUUUCAAAUUAAUCCAUUAAAUUUUUCAUAACUAUUAUUUCUGAUAGAUGCUGUUUAGUUAAUGGGGGGAAAAAAGGAAAACAAUUCAGUGUUAUUAUUUUUCUGUUAAAUGAGUUGUUGUUUUUUUCAAAAUUUAUUGAGAAAACAGGACAAAAAAGGACAAUGAGAAAUCACAAAGAGAACCAUUAGCUAUCAUGAUCUACUAUUUUAAUAUUUGACUUCUUAUUACUGUAGACUAACAACAUUUUUAUUACUACUUUCAUCAAAGUGAAAUGUUUCAACAGUCAUGAGUAGAAGUCAUGAUCUACUGUUCUAAUAUCUGACUUCUUAUCACUGUAGACCAACAACAUUCUAAUUACCACUUUAGUAAAAAGUGAAUUGUUUCAACAAAAAUAUUGAUAUAUAAUUUUUUUUAUAUUUUAAUGUAUACAUAUAUAUAUAUGUCUAUAAAGUGCCUGUUGUCUAUUAAAAGUUAAUGAACAGGAUUUUAAAACACUUUCUCAAAAACUUUUUCUUUCAUGGAUGAUAAGAACAUCUUCAUAAUCUUGUAUCAUUGAAUCUAGUACAAGUUGCAUUAGUUUAAAAAGUUUUUAAAUUUUAUAUAUGAGUACUUGUUAAUUUCAUUCAAAUGGACCAAAAUGAUUGCUGUUAGAUGGUGUAGUAAUUUCAUCUGAAAUAAGAUGAAUGGUUUUCCAUUUAAAAAAAAAAAGUAAUCUAAAACUUUACAAAAAAAAUCAAGUUUUGGAAAAACAUUCUUCAAAUUUUUUUUUAUGAAUCAAUCUUGAAAUUGAUUCUUAACAAUUUUAUUGCUACACAAAGCUGUCAACAUCAAUAGAAAAUAAAAUGUAUCCCUCUUUUUUUUUCUCUAUAUAAUUUACAUUCUCAAUGGUAGAAGAUAUUUUUUGUUACAAAAGAAGUUAAUUAAAAACUUUCACAAGACAUGUUAGUCUAUUUUGAUCUUAGUGCUUGGGUUAGAGUUCUUUUUCUUACUUAUUUUUAUUUUGGUAAUGCCUAGCAUAAGUCAUUAGGUGUAUGUAUAAUAUAUAUUUAAGUAAUAUGGAAUGUAUGAUUAAUAGAAAGUGUAUAUACAAUGUUUGAAAAUAAUUUUUAAAAGUUUUAAAUGAAUUCUUGUGGCAAACAUUUUACUGUGUGAUGUUAUGUACAUUUGUCUACUGAAUAGAGUUUGUACAUACAAAGUGGUUUAAAGUAGUGUCUUUACAGCAUGUAAAUCAUUAGUCCAACCUACUCUUGAAUCCUAUUGGCACUAAUGAACCCAGCUGUUUGGUACAAGUGAGUUUCAUUUUGCAAUGGUUGGAAUGUAAUGUUCUUUUUCUUGUUUUCAAAGCUGAACUAUAUUUAAAUGGAGUUGUAGGGUGGCCUUUGUACAUUGAUUUUUCAAUCAAGAAUAUGAUGAGAGAAGUCAUCUUAGUUAUUGAAAUUAAAUCCUUUAUUCUGUGUAAAUAGCUAUUCUAUUGGCUCAAUAUUUAGCAGCUAUUUGAUUUGUUCACUCUAGUGCUGCUUGACAGCAAGACAAGAGUUAAGCAACAUUAGUCCCACUGUUAUAACACACUAAAAUAGAAGACAUUGUUUGUUGUGUACAUAUUUUGUUUUAAUGAGUCAUUCUAUGAUUGGAUGCUUACUUUCAUGUUUUAAGUGUCAUAAGAUGCUAGACUGGUAUUGUCUACUGCAGAAAAAUUUAAAUUAAAAAAAAAAAGCUAAUUUAAAUGCUCCUGUAUUCCAAAUUGAUGAGAAGUACAAAAAAAUAAAAAUGUUUCAAGUGA